AUGAUCCCUUUCAGCCCUUGCUCAGUCUAUAAAGGGAGAGAAUUCUAGGGAACAUUUUUAAUCCGAGGUUGGGCACAGAGGGUGAGCCUCCUGCCAGAGGGAAGUGGGGAAAAAGACAACCUUAGGGGAAUACUCAAUUUGGUAAAGCUGGGGAGCAUCAGUUUUGUUGGGAAACGUGACUAUGACUGAGAGACAGUUACAAGCAUGGUCUACCCCCAGCUGGCGGAUUGAGCCCAAAUAUUCCUCCAAUGUACUCAUUGGAAACUGGCUGGAAGAAAGAAAAAAGUUCAUCAGAUAUUCUGGGCCAGUCCCCAUUAGUACCUAUACGAGAGACUAUGUCCACUUCCCAGACCACAAGCCGGAUCAGCUCUCCAGGAAGCACGCACUGAGGAAAACCGAGGGCCUGCCAUACAAGCACCUGAUUGUUCACAAGGAGGAGCCAAAGCACCGGAAUUUCGUCAGUGCCUACGAUGACCAUUUCAACCAUCAUGGCCACAAUCCCAAUCUACCGCUGCUUCGUCAAUGGAAUGUACAAAAGAUGGCAUGGCUGCCGGAAAAAUCAGACUUCCCUAUUAACCUCCCAACAAUUAUGGCCUAUUUGAGAAACAGCUGAAAAGAUGGAGUUCUUCAGCGCUUGACCCAAUGAAAAGCAUUUACACGGUGUCGUAUGUCAGGCCCACAUACUCCACUCCUUCCCUCUGGAACCUCAUGGCUUCCAGUCACUCCUCUCUGUAAGGGCAGAGCAUCCUGUGACCCUCUGGUUCCCCGAUCUGCUUCCGUGGGGGAGGCGGGAGGUGGGAGGAUACCGUAACCAUGGCAAUCUUGUCUCUCCUGUCUCCCUGUGAAGCCUUUGGUCAUGAUCGAGAAUAGAACAAUCCCUGCCUCAGCCGAA